AUGGCCGAGUCUAAGCCUGCACAUCUUGAGCCUUCCAAGUUGGGGACAAAAGCUUACUGGGACGCCCUCUACACAACCGAGCUGACAACCCACACCUCCGACCCCUCACUAGAGGGCACAGUCUGGUUCGACGACUCGGACGCCGAGGCCAAAAUCCUGUCCUACCUCUCCCCCAACCGCGACGACUCGGACUCUGACAACGAAGACGACGACCACCCCCCCAACCCGCCCCCGCACGACCUCACCCCCAGCACAGCCUCCAUCCUUGACCUAGGCUGCGGAAACGGGUCCCUCCUCUUCUCCCUCCGCGACGACGGCUGGUCCGGCCACCUGUUGGGAGUCGACUACUCCCCCCACUCCAUCUCCCUCGCCAAAUCCAUCGCCCAGUCCCGCGAGAAUGAAAAUCUCAAGAGUGUAGAGUUCAAAGUCUGGGACGUCCUAAACGGCGACAUCCCCUCCAUCUCCCCCCCAACCGGCUGGGACCUCGUCCUCGACAAAGGCACCUUCGACGCCGUCUCCCUCUCCUCCGAAACCGACUCCCUCGGCCGCAGGAUCAACGAGGGCUACGGCGAGCGCGUCCUCCAGCUCCUCAAGACGGGCGGCGUCUUCCUCGUCACGUCCUGCAACUGGACCGAGACCGAACUCCGCACCUGGUUCGAGACCUCGACCGCCCCCAACGACGGAAAGACCAAACUGAAAAUGGCAGGCAGGGUAGACUACCCUAGUUUCAGCUUUGGGGGUGUCAAAGGGCAGACCAUCUCGACGCUGUGUUUUGAAAAGGUCGUUGUUGAGUAG